UAUGCUUGCAAAUGUUGUAUGAAAGUUUAAUUGUGUAGCAAAGAUCAGAAGGCCAGCGAAAUUCAGUGAAAGGACGAGAAUUUAAGUCAGCAUGGAAGGAGAAAAAGGAAAAAAUUAUUCAAACCACCCAAAAUCAGAAAAGUUACCAAAGGAACAUGUGGACGAAACUGCGCCAGCUGCAAACUUCUCUGGUAAAGAAUGUCCUCCUGGUUCAAAAACAGGCGGAAAUCAACCAGGCAUCCAAUCUAGAUCUACAGAUACCUUAGCAACACCUGCCGAAUCUGAGGCCACAAAAACACACGAUACAUGCUCAACCUCUAGCACUGCACUAUCAACACUCCGGGCUGAUCUUAAUUUAAAACCUAAAUAUUCUUUAAAACAAGCACGAACAAUCGAUAACCGUACACUUACCGAUGAUCAAUUAACCUGUUUAGAUCAAUAUAUUUUCAAUAAACUCAUGAUAGCUGAUCACAAUGUUCUUGAAUUACCUUUAAAUAAAUGUAAAACCAACAAUAAUUACGACUCUGAUGACAGCGAGGAUGAAGUUGUUGAUGCCGAUGAAAUUGUAGUCCAUCCGAUGGAUGCAUUGAUUAGUAUUUUUUACGGUUCCGAUAUUUCUUUACGACGUUAUCUUGCUGUAAAAUUGUCUGAAUGUCAACUUAGUGUUCCAUUUCUUCUGCCCAAUCUUGAGGAGACAUCGGAAAAAGUCACAAUUUUGCUCUCAGCUCUAGAGAAUAUCACAAAGUCUUGGAGUAGUGGUUUAGAUGACAACAAAAACGUACGACAUGUAUUUGCGACAGAACAUCAAUUUCCUGUGGUUUCUUUCAUCCGUAUUGACCAAACUACCAUGUCAAAAUCCUCCUUGAUUAACAAAAUAAUGAGCGAUGGAAGCACAGACCAUAGAUUUUUCUUCCACAAAGAUAUGAAAGGUGGCAAUAUCGAAAGAAAAGUUGUCGAUGGUUUGGUCGAAUUGAGCUGGUAUCUUCCUGGUGAGAAUCGUGAACAAAUACUACAACAAGAAAUUUGUUUUGCAAAUCUUCGGGGUGACGCUGCAAAUUUCAAGAUCCAGCUUAAUGUAAUAUUGAAAAUUUCGUCCGUUGUAUGUGUAGUGCUACCCUCGGAGUGUCCUGUUGAAAAUUUGACGGAUAUUAUUGAAAAGGCUACUGUUAGCGGAGCAAAACUCGUUGUCAUCUUUUGUGAAAAGGCGCAUGCAAAUGAAAAAUCACAGAUGCACAUAAAUGCAGAAGCACAUAAAAAAUACUUAAAAGAAUUAAAAAAUAAAUACGGUAAAAUGGUUUCUUUGAUAACGAAAGCCAAAAAACCCAAUGAAUAUGAUUUUCUUCAAACUAUUCGAAGAAGCAUUCAAAAGAAUAUAAACAAUGUGACGGCAAAGCCUCUGGUCGAUCUUGCAUCUUGGACAAGCGAAUCUGGGAUUCAACAUGAUGAAAAUCAAACAAACACACUAUUUUCAAAAGGUGCAGACAACUGGUUGAAAAUGAAGAUCGAAGAUGCUAAAGACCUUCUUAGUUUGCAAAAGAACGUACCUGAAUUCGCAAAAUUGGAACGUGAGUUACAUCGUCAAAAACAUCGUGAUGGCAAAUCUGUUGAAGAAUAUCAAAACGAAAUACAGGAAAGAAUUGGGGAAAACGAGUUAGCUCGAAAAGAAUCUUUCAGACAUCUAGAUGAAAGGAUUAUUAAUUGUUUCAAAUCUUUGGUAAAUAUGAAUGAAACGGAGCGAAAUCAAGCCUUGAAUAAAGUAAAGCAUCAGUUGGAUAAGACGUCUUUGGAGGUCAUUACAAAAUUGCACCAAGAAUAUUGCACUCUCUCACUUGAUCUACAACGGCAGGAGACACGAAGAGACAAAGGAUUGAAGACAAUAAACACACAAGCGCCUGAAGAGAAACGUUUAAAAGAAUUGGAGGAAUCGAUCUCAAAACACUCGUUUGGUUUAGAACACAUCAUCAGAGAACUUGCUCAGCUUUACGAGAUUGAAGGAAGCAAAUACGACUAUGCAGGUGUUGCAGCGGAAAUGUUGCUUUCAGGACAACCUCUCGAGAUACUCGAUGGAGAUUCAUUUUACAUUCCACCGCGAUGGCUUGAUGCUGUGUUUGAUAAGCUGGAGGAUAAAACGAAAAAUGCCAAAAUAUUUAUCAUUUCUGUCGUAGGAAUCCAAAGUUCAGGUAAGUCUACAAUGUUAAACACAAUGUUUGGUUUAGAAUUUCCAGUCAGUGCCGGAAGGUGCACUCGUGGCGUUUUUGCCAGUCUUAUUCCUGUCAGUGAUUCGUUGAAGACUGUGUCAGAGUUUGAUUACGUUUUGGUAAUUGAUACUGAAGGUCUAAGGGGAUCAGCAGAUCCUCAGUUGCGAGUACAUGAUAAUGAGUUGGCAACCUUUGCAAUUGGCGUUGCAGAUUUAACCAUUGUCAAUAUCUUUGGUGAGAAUCACAAUACGAUGAAAGAUUUCUUGGAAAUUGCUGUGCAUGCGUUUUUGAAAAUGAAGCUUGUGGAGGAAAAAAAGAAAAAGUCUUGCAAAUUUGUCCACCAAAAUGUCACAGCCACUAAUGCAACAGAGAAAUUGGUUGGGAACCGUUUUAACCUCAGACAAGGUCUGGAUGAAAUGACGAAACUUGCUGCAAUUCAAGAAAAAUGUGAAGACAAAUACAACAAAUUUAAUGAUAUCAUUUCAUUCAAUGAAAACGAAGAUGUGUUCUAUUUACCCUCUCUUCUGAAAGGAAAUCCGCCAAUGGCUCCAGUGAACCCUAAAUACGGAGAAGCGGUUCAAAAAAUAAAGAAAGAGGUGAUUGCCGUGAUGUGUUCAAAACGAAGCGCAUAUCACAGUGUAUUUCAAUUUCGAAGGAGGGUCAUCAAUCUUUGGAAAGCGAUUCUAAAGGAAGAUUUCAUAUUUAGUCUCCGUAAUACGAUCGAAGUUAGAGCUCGCAUGUCUUUAGACCGAAAAUAUUUCGAGAAAUCCGUAGCUAUUAUGGUAGCAGGAAUGGCCGAGCUUGAAAAAAGAAUUAUGGUAGCUCUAGAAAGAUGUUCAGCAGCAGAUGAGCGUGAAAAGCGAUGGGCAGACAGUAGAACGAAAAUAGAUGAAGAAGCUGAAGAUCUUGCAGGGGAAAUGGCGCAAGAAAUGAACGAAUUCUUCGAAACGGAUGAAGAUAAGACAACUGUUGAACAGUGGAAAGAACACAUAUUGACUAAAAUUAAAGAAGAGAAAGAAAUACACAUCUUAGAAGUAAAGAAGAAAUGCUUGUCAACUUUUAAUCACUUGCAGAGAGUACAAGAUAUCAAAGAUAAGGGACGCACCUAUGAAGAAGAGCUUCUAGAAAAUGCUAAGUCGUUUAUUACUUCAGCCUAUGAUAUUGAAGAUGCGGAAAAAAUGAAUGAAGAUUUCGAAGAACAAUGGCAGAAGUGGAUUGAGAAAGUUCCACCUUGUCAAGAAAUAAAGAUUGAUAUAAACAAAGAAAUUGUAGAUUAUCUUUCCACGAAAGUUCCUGUCCUAAGUCAAGAAAUCAGAGAAAAAAUAAAUAAACAAGGUCAUAUUAUAUCAAAUUAUCUGGACAGCAAAGGCGAUAUUUUUGUUGAUGACCUUACUUUUGAGAUUAAUUGGAAGGGAUUUUUUAAAAUGGCUCCGUCAGUGGUGCAAAAUGCAGAAAAAUCAAGACAUCUCCCUGACGCUAAACGCAUAAGAAAAUUUUCGAUAACGAAAGCACUUCAUUUAGCGAGAAGUGCUUCUUCAGAAUCGGGGAUUAGGUUUAAUUGCAAUUACAUCAUACAAAUGACCCAGAUUGUGAUUACCACCAUAGAGGAAGCCACCAAGAAGUUCCCCUUCAAAUUCAAGAAUUCUUUACAAUGUGAUACUUUGCUUCACACUUUUGCCAAGGCUUACCCAAUCUUUCACGAGAUGGAAGAACGCUUUUGUCAAGAACGAGACAUUAGGAGUCAGAUGGAGAAAGACCUGCGUCCAAGAUUGGAACAAUACUUCCUUAAUGUUUGCACAAAAAUGGGAAAGGAAAUGCUAGCAGCUACUUCGUUUUGCGACGUUCUUGAAAACCAAAUUGAAUCCGCACUAAAUUCGUCUAUGGGCCCUCUAGUGACAAGAAAAAUAUCGAAGGAGAAUAAGUUCCAGAAUAAAAGUCAAUUUCAUGCCCGGGUCCUCAUUCAGCUUGGAGAAGAUGGUAAGUUUGGACCAUACAUUCCUUAUCUUGAAAAUCAGCUUGGAUUUCUCAGAACAAAAUUGAUGGAAUCAAUUGAAAAAUUCUGUUUGGAAAGAAUUCCUGCCUCUGUCGACUCACUUCUCAAGAACGAAGUCAAAAGGUUCGAAGACGAAGUUUUGUCUGCUAUUUCAAAGGCCAGUGACGAAACAGAAAAGAUGAAUACACAAGCAACUGGAAGCAGAAAACUCGACUUUUGGAUUGAACGCUUUGUGGAAGAGUGCCCUUCCUUGGCUAUAAAGAAAGAAAUGUUUAGUGUGGCUACAAUGGAAAAUCUGGAAAAUAUUGAUCUGUUCAGGAAUGAAGUUAAUGAAAAAGUAUCUAGUCAUUUCGAAUCUUUAAACAAGCUUGUGGUUGAUCUCGAAAUGUUUCGACAAUGGAAUCCUUCUCCAGUGGAUUGUUUGUCAAACACUAUGUUUUCUUGCAUAUGUUCUUGCCCAUUUUGCGAGACUUUAUGUGAUCAUGCCAUCCCAAAUCACGAUGUUCACUCUGCACUCUCUCAUCGCCCACUGGGAAUAAUUGGUUACAAAGAAGAAAAAACACGAAAAUUGGCUACUGAUGAUUGCACAGAGCGCAUCGGUGGAGGGAAGCGUUUUCAAAAUCCAGAUACAGAUUGGGAAUGGCAUCUUUACAAGGAGUAUAGAUCCGUGAAUGAUUACUAUAAAUCUUGGAAUAUUUGUAAAAAUUCAACGAAUAAACAACGAAUGUAUUGGCAGUGGUUCAUGGCAAAAUUUUCACAUGAAUUGGCUAAAUUUCACGGAGCCGAGAUGCCCUACAAGACAUUUUGGAAGCGUAUUAUAUUCGACAAGGUGAAAAAAAAUCUUCAAGAGGAAUAUCUUCUGUAAAUAAUCUUCGGUAUCAUACGAUGUUGUCAUAUAUUAAGAUGAACAACAAACAUGUAUUUUUUUCUGUUGUUAUAAGAUAAUUGCACUUAGUAUGUCACUAAUAAAGAAAUAUCUCUAUUUUUUUCAACGAUUGCGUUAAGAAGUCGGCUAUUUAAGUCACAAAUAAUACAAACGAUAGUAUUGAUCAAUAUACUCCAACUUUGAUUUUCUCAAGAAUCUCGAACUGAAUUAUAUAAUAAUUUAGGCUAAACGCAUUUAGCUUUUAAAAAUAAUUCUAAAACAUCUAUUCAACAUGAUUCAACAUGAUUCAACUGUAGUCUAAAUAAUCGUGUACAGGAAAAGGUGAUCAUUGAAUAAAUUCUAGCGUAUAUCUUAUGUGGUUAAAAAAUAUACUCAAAAUUACCUAAGUUAAUCACAGUACAGCCCGGUAUAGUUCAUGCACCGCAAAAAUUAGUAAUCAUGCACAAAUACUACAGUAAUUUUUACAAAUACAAGCAGAAAAACAAGCGUAAAUCGAGAUAGUUCUGUUAUGAAGUGCCUGGAGUUCUGGCUUUGCAAUUGAAACCGACAAUGAGACGGACCACGGCUGGUGGAAAACGUAAAGUGAAUCAAUUGUAUGCAGAAGAGAUGGGUUCUUCUGAAAAAGAAGGAAAAUGAAACAGUAGGGAAAGUAGGACUUUAUACCUCAACUAUAUAUACACAUAUAUAUUGACAGCCUAAAAAUUUCUGUAUGGCAAUAAUUUAGAUCGGUAUAAUUUUAAACUCAAUAUAGUGCACGUAUGGUUUGAAGUUUGUAGAAAAGAAACUUUAUUACAAUUUCAAAUUCUAUAUAGUAAGAUAUAUUCAAGUAAUCAACACUAGCGUGUAUACUGAAUGGUAUGUUAAAUAAGU